CACAAUCUAAACUCAUUAUUAACCAUUACCAAUGCACGUCCUCUGGAGGACUCUUAGCCAUUGGACGAUACACCUGCCUCUCUCCAACGUCUAUUGCACAAACAAAUUAAUUGUUUUUCCUGUUUAACCAAAUUCGGCAUUGUAGAGUGUAGAGGCAACAAGGAUGUUCAUAUUUCCUAAUGGAGUUUCCCGGAUUUCUGGGAUUUUGAGAACAAGCUUUUCCGGCUAUUAUUGGUUACUUCCACACCCACCAUGCUUCCUUCAAUGCCAAUCUCUUCUCUUUCACACUACUUCUCAGUCUCUUACAGAUUCUGCUACCAAGGAACAACUAGAUCCAUUUUCACUUGUUGCUGAUGAAGUAUCAUUGAUUGCACAGAGACUGCGGUCAUUGGUUGUUGCUGAGGUCCCGAAGCUUGCCUCAGCUGCUGAAUAUGUCUUCAAAGAUGGUGUGGAAGGAAAGAUGACACAUUCCAAGGUUUUACUGUUAAUGGGUUCAGCAAUGGAUUUUCAUGUGGCUGAAUCACCUCCUCAAGGUGGUGGAUGUGCUUUGGCAAUUGAACAUUGUAAGAGGCAGCAUAGCUUGGCUGAGAUCACUGAGAUGAUACAUGUUGCAAACCAUAUUCAUGAUGGUAUCGUGGAUGAUGCAAAUAAAAGAGGGGGUAUUGGUUCAUUAAAUUUUGUAAUGGGAAAUAAGUUAGCACUGUUGGCAGGGGAUUUUCUGCUUUCUCGUGCUUUCAAUGCCCUUGCUUCUUUGAAAAACACAGAGGCUUUAUUGUUGCUAGGAACAGCUGUUGAGAAUCUUGUAACAGGUGAAACCAUGCAAAUGACUGCCACCGUCGAGCAACAUUGUAGUAUGGAGUAUUAUAUGCAGAAGACGUACUACAAGAGUGCAUCAUUGUUAUCAAACAGCUGCAAGACAAUGGCCCUUCUAUCUGGACAAACAGCAGGAGUUGCAAAUUUGGCUUAUGAAUAUGGAAAAAACCUGGGUUUGGCAUAUCAAUUGAUGGACGAUAUUCUUGAUUUCACAGGAACUCCAUGUUCCCUUGAAAAGGGUUUCUUAUCUAACACACCUCAUGGGAUAAUAACCGCUCCUAUAUUAUUUGCACUAGAAGAGUUCCCUCAGUUGCGUGCAGUCAUUGACCAAGGCUUUGACAAUCCUGCCAAUAUUGAUACUGCCCUGGAAUACCUCUGGAAGAGUCGAGGAAUAGAAAGAACCAGGAAGCUAGCAGAGAAGCAUAGCAGUCUUGCUGCAGCAGCUAUGGAUUCCCUCCCUGAUAGUAACAAUGAAGAUGUAAGAAAUUCCAGGCAAGCACUUGUUAUUCUUACUCAAAGAAUAAUCAGAAAGGAAUAAGUGAAAGGACAGCAUCCUUUCAGGUUCUUCUUCAUCAUUUCCAUAACCUGGACUUCGUUGUAUUUGGACCUCAGACUCAGAUUGAUUACAGAGCACUUAAUCUGAAAAAAUAAAUUUGCUUUUCCUCA